AUGGACGAGGUGGCGCGCGGCCACGGGUUCCUGCCAGUGUUCACCGGUGCCGAGUGCUCCUACAUUUGCAACGCCUUGCGCCGAGCGUCCGAUUAUCGUUUCCGUUUAAGAUGUGAGAAUGCCGACGGACAAGGUCCGUGGUCUCGAGAAGUAACCUAUCGUACGUUACCCGAGAGGCCCGGAAUCCCCAGCAGACCGACACCAAAGGGAAAAAUACACUCACGAGCAUUCCGACUUAGGUGGGAUCCACCCUCGGACGACGGGGGUGCUUCUAUUGAAAAUUAUACGCUGGAAAUCGACGGAGGUGAAGGUUAUCAACCUACUUACAAUGGACCCGAGCGGGAGGCGCACUGCGAUCGCUUGCAACCUGGAGUCCAAUACCGCGCUCGUGUGCGUUGUGCCAACGUGGCCGGCGAAAGCGACUGGUCAACUACUGAAACGAUCACGACGGAGGCGACGUGUCCCGGCGCCUGCUCCGCUCCCGAGAUGGCGGCCGAGCCGAGAGCCACAUUAAUAGCGGUGCGAUGGCGACCGCCGGAUUGUAACGGCGGUUCGCCGCUUACCGAGUACAGGGUGGAGAUCGUCGAUGGAGAUGGCAUUGUACGUUUGGCGCAUUCGUCACUCGAGAGAGAAUGCACCGUCCGCGAGUUGCAGCCGGGAUGCGAAUAUCGAUUGUGGGUCGUCGCCUGCAAUAAAGUGGGCGCGGGUCCGCCGUCGCCAGCGCUACAUUUUACGACGGCAGCUGCACCCCCUGAUGCGCUUGAAACUCCCAUCGCCCACGUCGAAAACGCGCGAACCGCUCGCCUCGAAUGGCACCCGUCCCGCGAUAAUGGCGCUCCGAUCCUGGACUAUCGACUCGAAAUGAGUGCAACGAAUGUCGAUGAUGCUUUCGCAGAAGUGUAUCGUGGUCGCGAUACGGUUUGUGUGGUUUCGAAGUUGACGCCGUUCUCGCCGUACUUCUUCAGAGUGUGCGCCACAAAUUCAGCUGGCCGGGGAGCGUGGUCGGGCGUCCGCGACGUUUUAACUCCGCGCGCUCCUCCCGCUGCACCAACUGGGAUUCGUCACGAGGCGACAGCGGACAGUCUGCGUCUUCACUGGCGCUGUCCAGCGAGUCACGGCGCGGACAUCCUACGUUACCGUGUGGAAGUCGACGAGUCCUCGUUCGAGACGGAUGGUCCGAUACCGGAACAUCUAGUAGAAGGCCUCGUACCUGAUACAGUUUAUCGGGUGCGUGUGGCGGCGUUCAACGAGCUGGGAAUGGGCGAGUGGUCGGAGGAAUCGCGCGCGGCGACACGUCCACGGCCUCCCGCGCCGCCCGAAUUGCACUGUGCUCUAGUCGCGCAUAAUUUUAUCAAGCUGGAGUGGGAGGGCGCAGAGGGAAGCGUGUACUGUGUGGAGAUGCGCGCGGCGGAGUCGCGCGAGUUCCGGCCGGUAUACCGAGGCUCGGCGCGCAGCUGCAAGGUGAAGAAGCUGCGCGAGGCGACGGCGUACUGGUUCCGCAUCCGCGCUAGCGACGAGCGUGGCGGGCGCGGCUCGUGGGGCGCUCCGCUGGGCGCGCGCACAACGGCCGCACCGCCGCCCGCGCCGCGCCCGCCCGCGCUGCACUUGCCCGCGCCGCGCUGUGCCACCGUCGCAUGGGACCCGCUCGACAACGCACACUACGUGCUGCAGUGCGCGCGCACCAAGGACGCCGUUUACAAACAGGUGUACGCGGGCAACGAGACGCAGUUCACGCUGGAGGAGCUGGAGCAGGGCGCAGAGUACCUGGUGCGCGUGUGUGCGGUGCGUGGCGGGCUAGCGGGCGCGUGGUCGGCGGCGGCGCGCCUGGCCGUGCCCGCGGCCGCGCCCGCGCCCGCCGCCGCGCCGCGCGCCCGCCGUCCGCGCGCGCGCCCGCUGUCCCCGCGCCGCGCCGCGCUGCUCAUGGCCGCCGGCUUCCUGCUGCUGGCGCUGCUGGUGGCCGCGCUCCUGCAGCGCCUCGUCGAGCCGCGCCCGUGA